CCGCUUUAGCUAAUGCAUCAAUUGAUACUGUAAAUAAGGAAAAUGACGAAGCGUUGUUUCUACUGGGAUCGUUGGCUUCGUUUGUGGUUGAUCAUUUAUUAACACAAAAUAACAUUACACAAUAUCCAAAAGAUAUAGCAAAAUUAAUUGAUACAGCAGCAUGGAUUCCACUAACUUGUGGCUUCUCAGCAGUUCUAGUCGGUUCAUUAUUUCCACUGGCUGAUUAUUUAUUCAUGUAUAAACCAAAUGAAUUCCAAAGAGAAUGGAGCAAUGUAAUGAGAUGUAUAGGAGGUUUCAUCGGAGUUGCAUAUGCAGCCACAUUUGCAAAAUGUCUAAAGUAUUUGGCAGCACCAAAUAUUAUAACAGAUUCGAUGUUUGGAUUUUUUAUGAUAACUUGGGCAUAUACUAGACAUUAUUUAUAUGGAUACAUAACUUGGGCGACAUACCAGGAAUCAUGUCAACCAGAGUAUAAUGCAUGUAUUUGGGAUCCAUUGAAUGGUUAUUGGUUGACGUGGUGGUCUAAAUAUAUUAUAUUGCUUGGUUUAGUGUUAUUACAAAUCCUGAUGAUUUAUUGGUUUAAUCUUAUUUUAAAGGUUGCCUGGAGAGUCAUUAAAGGAAAAAACGCUGAAGAUUCAAGAAGUGAUGUCGAAGAGUAA